AUGUCGAACAUUCCUCCAAAGCCCGAAGGAAUUUCAAGGGCACUCCUUAUUGGUGUGGACAAAGUAACAGGUUUCCCCAACCUCCCUCAAGCGCACACAGAUGUGGCGAAAAUGAAAGAGUUCCUUAUGAACUUUCGUGGCUACCGCCCGGAAAACAUCAUCGUUAUGAUGCAUAGUAACAGUGUUUUGCCAAACUUAUAUCCUAGUAGGGUAAACAUACUCCGCGAGAUUGACCUUAUUGUCAAACGCACAUCCCAAUACGACCAGAUUUUUUUCUACUACACUGGUCAUGGCGACCAGGUGACUUGUAGACACAACACUGAACCCGACAACAAGGAUGAAGCCAUCCUCACCUACACGGGGAAGCGUAUCAUAGAUAAUACGUUAAAAAAACGCCUUGUUGAUCCAUUGCCUCACGGCGCCAAGCUUUUCGCGCUGUGGGAUUGUUGCCACUCUCACACAGUGCUGGAUUUGGAACAUUUCAAUUGCAACGGGUUAUGGCGGAUGCCUUUGAAAGUCCUGUCAGGUCUGGCAAGGAAAACCAAGAGCCUUGGCAAGAGGCUCAGCUCCAACAUCUUGAAGGAUAGCUGCGAUGGUCGUUUCUCAUCAAAGGAUGAUUCUCAAUCAAGAAAUGUAUCAUCUGAAACUGACGGCGUGGAUCUCUGCAAAGUGUCUUCUCCUGACUCAUACUUGCCACCAUGUUCAUUUAAUUGUCCUAUGACGCUCCCCGAGAACCAGGUCAUGGCCUACGUCGUUUCCUUAUCUGCAUGCAAGGAUAAUCAGUUGGCAUAUGACGACAACGCUACGGGUGAAACUGUGACGAAGUUCUUCAUCGACCACCUUGAGCACAAUCCUAGACCUUCUUAUUCCGAGCUACUCUGCUACAUACGGGGAAAGGUCAACGACAUUACUCGCAGGCGCAUACAACCGGCCAGUAAGACAUCUAAUCACCCGCAUCAUCUUCAGAGACUGUCGGAAAAUGAAGUCGAAAUCGAGGAUUGGCACAAAUGCGGUCACCAUAGUCACUGCGAUGACGGAAAUGUCGAUGACGGAAAUGACACUUCCACUUUGAGCUCUCAGCAGCCUUCUUACUCGAGCCACUAUCGCAUGGAUAUGUCGCAGAUCAUUGAAUUCUGA